AUGAAUUCCAAAAGAGACAAUGUCAAUCGAACGAGAAGCAACGUUAAUAGCCCUAAGCUUGGUCAUAAAGGUCAAACAAUGAGGUCACAGAGGUCUUACAGUGUAGAGAACAGCAGUGAGAAUGACUUCGAUGCCAAUGGGUCGAAAGGCCUCCUCCUGAACAAGCCUACAAUGACAGCCAAGCCUGAGGUUAAAUAUUAUGUGGGAGAAAGCGAGGAAUGUGACUUUAAAACUAUCACUGAGGCUCUAGAAAGAGCCCAACCUGGCACUAUUAUUAAGAUCGAUGAAGGGAGGUAUAGAGAAAGCAUCAGGAUUACUAAGAAUAAUAUUAGGAUUGAACCAAGAUCUAAAGACAAGGUUGUCUACUUACUUGGAGAGGAAGGACCAAGCAUUACAGUUGAUCUUAGAUCUCAUGAAACUUGUAUUAUCAAAGGGAUAAUUAUAGCACAUUUUGGGUCUAAUAUUGCUAAUAAAUUUAAUGAGCAGAUUAAGGAGAAUGACCUUGAUAAUGCAAACCCAACCUUCUUAACUAGAUUUGAAAUUAGCAAAGAAAUGGAUUGAGCUGUCUGAGUGCUUGGUGGUAAUGCAAUCAUUAGAAACUCAUUAGUAACCCUUAAAUCCCUACCUGAUAACAUUAAAUCAUAUAUCCCAGCACUCAUAGCAAUGCCUGGCACAAGAGCAAACUUGGUAUCAACAGACUUCAGAGGAAAUGAAAAUAUCAUGACUGCUGGAUUUAUCUCUCUCAACUCAGACGUCCUCAUUUCUGAUUGAAAGUUUCACAACUUCAAAGCUGGAGGGGUCUUUGUCAGUGGAAAUUGUGAUUCAAAUAUAAAGGUUGCAGAUUCCAAGAUCAGUCAAUGAGGUGUUGUAGGUCUCUACUCCCAAGGAGAAGAUUGUAAACCUCUACUCCUCAGACUCAAAAUUGAGAGCAUUGAAGGUCCAGCAAUCAAGAUCUACAAAGCGAAUAGGGCUAAGGUGAAAGGAUGUGAUAUCACUAAAUGCCAGGCUGGCAUUGAGGCUAUCUGUUCAGAUCCUUUUAUUGUUCUGAAUAAGAUCUACAAAAAUUUUGAAAAUGGUAUCAUCACUAUUUCAAAAGGAGAUCUCAGGUGUGAAGCGAUGAUUAAAUUUAAUGAAAUAAUCAAAAAUAAAGACAAUGGUAUUCUUUGCUCUGGUAAAGAGAACCGAACCAAAAUUCUCAAGAAUAUUACCAUUUCUAAUAACAGAAGAGCAGGAAUCAAGGCGAUUGAUGGAGCUCACGUCAGUAUUUUUGACAACCUCAUCAAAAGCAAUUUCUGUCAAGGGAUUUUGCUUGUAGAAGGCACGAGCGGUCACAUAGAGCAUAAUAAUAUCCAUCUCAACUUCAAGGCCAAUAUUGCUUUUGGAGGGAUGCAAUCCUCAGAUACUGUAAUAAUAAAGAACAAAAUAUAUUCUUCUAGAAGUGAGGGAAUAUUCAUCCUUGAAACUGGAUUUGCUUUGCUCUAUAGAAAUGAAAUCUAUGACAACAAUGAUGGGAUAAUAAUGUACGAUUCCCACUGCAAUCUCAAUGAAAAUAUUAUCAGAGAUAAUCUUCGUACUGGAGUGAUAGUAAGUGGAGCAAGUUUUCCAAAAAUUGAGAAUAAUGAAAUUUAUUCCAACACAACAGCAGGCGCUAUGAUCAGAGACAACUCAGAAUGCUACAUGAACAAGAACAAAAUCUAUGAAAACUAUUACCAGCUCAGUAUCCGCAAUAUGCCAAAGUGGCGUAUUAAGAAGAUUGUAGCAAACAACGCCAUUGAUGGACCAAAUGAGACUCCCAACAAGUAUUGCCCAAUAUUCUAGAUUUCAAUUUAGAAUUAUCCUAA